UUUGGAAUGCGGCCUAUGUUUCAGGAAGUAGCGAUAUUUUUCUACAGUGAAAGGAUGGUUUGCAAAGGUGUUUUUUGCAAUGCGUAUAAAUGUUUUUUCAAGGUUUUUUUUGGCGGAUCCGAAAAAUAAUCACGUUUUGAAAAAAAAAAUAGUAAUGUAGGAAUGCACCCCAGUGGGAUCAUGUACACUUUGUGCGUUGGAGCACUCUUGCUGGGUUUUGUAUCAGAGCAGUGCGCGCGUGGGAAUCCCGCAAAGCUGCUGCAGCUCACGGCUGAGGGUUUUAAAGAGCACGUGCAGACUGGAAAAACAUCUCUUAUUUACUUUGGCAAAUACGCUGAUCCAGCCAUUCAGACAUUUAUAGAGCAGCUGGAGACGUCCGCCGUGGCGUUGGAGGACUACGGCAUAAUAGUGGCGAUGGUGAACUGCUCCAAAGAAAAUGUCGCCGAUUACUGCACAGAGGAAGAAGUGAUGCGGAAAGCACAUUUAUUCAGAGGUGCUGAGGUCUUGAGAAGUUUCGAGAUUGACACCAUUUUUGACGUCAACGCCAUCGUGUCCCAUAUGCUGUUCACGGUGCUCUUCAACGAGGUUCGGUACGUUCACACUCCAGCCGAGUUGGUCAGCGUUGAAAGAGUGGCGAAGGGAAAGACGGACAUCGUGAUGGGUCACAUACCAGCGCUCGGGCUUCCAGAGCACCGGGCUUUAAUGGAGACGGCUUUCGUUUACGGAGGAAAGUACCAGUUUGUGCAGACCACCGGAGCGCCUCUGCUCAAACACAUGGGGAUUACUGAUGCCUCCUCUGUCCAGGCGCGUCUCUGGUUCCUCCACUGCAGCGGCGUGUCUCGGCCAUCUGAACCGUGUCCACACACACUCAUGAGAAAGCAACUGAGCACCAUUAACAUACACACCUUUCUGCAGCUGAUGGAAGCACCAGUCCUGGUGGAGGCAGACGUGGAUCCUGAAGACGUGGACGUGAUCUAUAAUCACCUGAACGUGCCCGUGCUGUUCCUGUUCGCUCAGACCGAGACGCUGCACAUGGAUCGAAGCACAGCUGAGACUUUGGCCUGGAGGCUACGAGGAGAGAUCGGCCUCGUCCUAAUCCACAGAGACAGUCCCAGAGUUAAAACACCACUCCGAUAUAACGCUGCAUAUCGACUCCCACACGAGGAAGUGAAGUAUUUUACGUUGAAGAAUGCCGAAGAAGUCGUUAACCUCAUCCAAGGACAACUGUUCCAAGAGGAGAAGGAAGUAGAAGAUGAGGAGGAUGAAGAUGAGGAUCACUGGGCUUCUUUAGAUGUUCUGGAUGAUGAGGUGGCGGAGUCUGUGUACAGAGACCGCGGUGUAACGCUGGACAUGGAGUCUGUCUCACAACUCACAGCCAACACGUUCAGUGCUGCAGUAGCACAGAACGGCCUCACGGCGGUGCUGUUCUACAUGAAAUGGGACGCCGUGUCCAAGGCUUUUCUGCAGUCGUAUGUUGAGGUUGCUGAUGCACUCGAAGGUGUGAGUGAUGUCACACUGGCCUCAGUAGACUGUGGCGAGUGGACAUGUGUGUGCCGUGAGCAGAAUGUCUCCACUUUCCCCUCCGUCCUGCUGUUCCACCUGGGUGAAGAUGCUCAGUAUUACAGAGGCAUGAUGGGAACUGAAAGCCUGUAUAGAUUCAUCUUGCUGAGUCAUCUGUCCGUCCCGCUCUCUCUGUCCACCUCGGAAGAAGUCCUGUCGUUCCUGGAAGGAGAGCUGUAUAGCAGACACUCUUCCCUCUCGCCCAUCCGAGCGCUCGGGCUUUUCGCGCCCAAAGAUCCGGAUGUGGCCAUUUUUGAAGAAGCAGCGAAAUACCUAAGAGGAGAAAUGAUUCUGGGGCUGUUUGAGCACAAGGAGGCAGAGAGAUGGGCUCAGGAGCACUCUGUGACAUUGCCUGCUCUUCUCGUGUCUCAUGGCCCUGGAGUUCAGAGAAAAGCUCAUUCCCUUCUUUUAUCCACGUUACAGGAAACGAUCUCAUACAUCAGCAGAGCAGCCCUUGAUACACUUGUAAGAACCGGUUUAUUCCCUGAACUUACGGUGGAGAACCUGCCAUGGUACAUGGAGCUCAGGAAGCCUUUGCUGAUAAUGUUUGUUGGGGGAGAAGAAAGUCCAGAGACUUUGCAGUCUCUUGAGGAGAUGAGAAAAGCUGAGAGAACCGGACUACUGGAGUCAUCACUGCCAUGCUGGAUCCAUCUGGGUCGCACGCCAGCUGGAAGGGCCGUGUUAGAGACGUAUCUUAGCUACGUUCCUCCGCUCCCUGCUUUGGUGCUCUCACAGGUGAGCUCAGGUGGAGAGGUGUAUCACUUCCCAACAGAGCGUCCUCUGCUGUCUGAAAACAUCAUUCAGUGGCUGCAGCGGAUAGAAAACCACCAGGAGAAGGCUGUAGGUGUGAUUCCAGAUAAACCCUGGCGUCCCCCUGUGCCGUUUUAUGACUUUCUGGCCGUUAUGGAUGAAGAGGCGCCGGGAUCCGCAGCUCAGCGGCGUCCUAAAGCAAAGCCUGCUGGCAAAAAUGAGGAAGGCGAUAAGAAAACACGACGUGAAACAGCUUUCAAACCUCACACAGCUCCUCAUCAUACUGAACUGUAGAUCUUUCUACAGGUACCUCCUCACCGAUGACGGAAAGGAGUCCUGUCACUAUUUAUAGCGAUAUAAAUGACGUUUAUACCUCCAGAAGUGUUUGAACAUUCAGUCCACUCACAUUACUCCCUGCUGUUUUCUCUCAGGUCAGAUGUACUGCAUACUGCUCUUUUUAGAUUGACCAUAUACGGCAGUCAGCUUUAUUAUAUUACAUUUACUAUGAUUUUGUAUUAUUUAUAUAUUUAUUUUUUUUUUUUUUAAAUGUAGCAUUUUAUAGAAGACCCUAAUACACGUCUUAUUAUACAUUCCUUUUUUGUCUGAUUUGUACCAGAAGCUCAAUAAAAAAAAGCUUAGAUACAGUACCUGU